GUGGGAGGGUGGAACUAGAAAGCGAGCCAUGAUCACAGACUAGUGCAAAACAUAUAGAUAUAUAUACAAGUUUAGGCCAAAGACUAAUAUUUUUUUUGGUGGGGUGCUUCGCUGAAUUGGAAGAGAUCACCCAAAACUCAUACAUGGAAUUACCUCCUGACUACCCUUUUUCUUAAAAAGUUCCUGCAGAAACUUUUUCCUUUUUUUUUUUUUUGGCGUAUUUUGUUCAGAAAUACAAGUGGAUUUUUUCCUAUUUUCAUGGUUUUACCCACCGCCGUGCUAAAUUUUGGGGGAUGUCACCGUGGAGUGGCUGGUUGGUCUUGGGGCUGUUUCUGCAAGAUUGGGGCCUGGCCUACCCUUCAGAGCUGGCGUUCCUCUUGGAGCCCAGUGACGUGAUCGCCAUCCGAGAUCGCCCGCUCCUCUUGCACUGCCAAGUGGAAGGUGAGGCGCCCAUCGCCAUCACCUGGUACCGGAACGGGGCGGCCCUCUCCAACGACAGCCAUGCCGCCAUCUUGUCCAACGGCUCCCUGCGGCUGGAAAGCGUGCACCGGCGGCCCCGGGGAGGCGGAGCGGCGGACGCCAACACCACGGGCAACUCCAGCGCCGGAGAGUACAGCUGCACUGCCCAGAACCGCUACGGCCUGCUGGUCAGCCGCAAGGCCCGAGUGCAAAUUGCGACUCUGUCCAAAUUCCACAUGCACCCGGACUCCAUGGCUGUAGAAGAGGGAGGCGUUGCCCGGUUCCAGUGCUUCAUCCAGGGCGUCCCCGAAGCCACGAUAACCUGGGAGCGCAACCGCACAGCCCUGCUGACGGAUGACUACCGGUACACGCUGCUCCCCACCGGGAUCCUUCAGAUCACGGGCGUGCGGCGUUCCGACGUGGGCACCUACCGCUGUGUGGCCAGCAACAUCGCCAACACCCGUUACAGCCAGGAAGCCAUGCUGAGCAUUAGCGUCUCAGUGGCCAAGCUCUACAAGGAGCCGGUCAUCCUCUCUGGCCCGCAGAACCUGACCAUCACGGUGCACCAGACGGCCAUCUUGGAAUGCAUCGCUACCGGCAACCCUCGGCCGAUCGUGUCUUGGAGUCGCUUGGACGGACGUUCCAUUGGCGUCGAAGGGAUCCAGGUCCUGGGAACUGGGAACCUCAUGAUCUCAGACGUGUCUGUGAAGCACGCCGGAGUUUACGUCUGCGCCGCCAACCGGCCUGGCACCAGGGUUCGCCGUACGGCACAGGGCAUCCUCAUGGUUCAAGCCCCGCCGGAGUUUGUGCAAUGGCCCCAAUCCGUCUCCAAGCCCCCCGGCAGCAGCGCCAUUUUCACCUGCGUGGCCCAAGGUGUGCCGGAACCCCACCUGAUCUGGCUGAAGAACGGCAAGGUCCUGGCGCCCGGCGAGAACAUCAAGCUGACACACAACAACAGCACCUUGAUGAUCCAGCGGAUUACCUCAGCGGACGAAGCCAUCUACCAGUGCAUUGCGGAAAACAGCGCAGGGACCAACCAGGCCAGCGCCCGGCUAGCCGUGGCCCUGUCCAAGGAGCUCCCCAGCUCCCCAGAAGGCGUCCAGGCCACUGCCCUCUCCACCACCUCCAUCCAGGUGUCUUGGCUGGAGCCCCCCAUGGAAGUGACAGAGGCCAUAAUCGGUUACGUGCUGCACAUCCGCAAGGCGGGAGAGUCCGACAGCCGGGAGCUCCAGGAGGCCGUCAGCAAGACCACCUUCCAGCACGUCUUCACCAACCUGGAGCCCUCGACAACGUACUCUAUCUACCUGAAGGCUUACUCACCCCUGGGCGCCAGCCAGGAUUCCCAGCCCAUCCUGGCCACCACGCUGGGCAGCAUCCCCGCAGCACUGGGCUUUUUCACCAAGAUCCUCAACAACAGUGCCGUCUACGUCUUUUGGGAGCUGCCUGCCAAGCCGGGCCGGAUUGAAGGCUUCAAGCUCUACCUCCGAAAGCUGCCCAGCGCCCACUACGAGGGCCCAGAGCUCUUAUCCGGCAUGGCCAACUCUUUCACGUUCAGCAACUUGGAACCAUCUGCCAUGUACGAGAUCAAACUCCAGGCCUUCAAUGGGAAUGGCGAUGGGAACAGCAGUGUGCGGUUUGUCUCCCUCAAGGAGAACUCUGAGAGGCUGGAUGCCAACUCAGUGUGCCAGUGUGGGAAGGACGGGGAGAGCUCCCUCGCUGGCAUCGUGGUUGGCGUCCACAUUGGCAUGGCGUGCAUUAUAUUCUGUGUCCUCUUCCUUAUGUUUGGCUACCGCAAGAGCCUGUUCUGUAAGAAAGGGACCCAAGAAAGCUGGACCAUCCCACAGGGAACAGAACCGGUGCAGACCACCACGCGGGAGCCUCCCCGGAACCAGCGGAAGCUGGAGGGAGGGGCAAAACCCUCAGAGAUGGUGGAACUGGUUACCCAGAACCCCCCAUCCUCCGAUGGACUCACCGCCCAUGACACACCCCACUUUGAAGUGACCGUCGAGCGCUGCCCUCCUUCACAGCCCAGUGGUUAAGCCAAUGCCCGGUGGGAACGGAGUAGGGGGAGGCCCCUUGACCGAGCCCGGUGGCAGCUCUGUUGAGGCAGGGCCUUCCCCUGCCCCCAAUUUCCCACCACCCAUCCAGGAUUCCAACCGCAAACCUCCAAAGAAUCUACCUCACCUCCGCUGGACGGCCAGCCCCAUAGCGUCCGGUCCAGCCGCCACCUGAGCCCUACUCCCACCCCAGUUCUCCCGAAUGAUCUAUUUUUGAUACAAAUACCAAAACUACCUCAACCUGCCAGCCAUCCUCUGGCUGCUUAAAUCCCACCCCCCUCUUGCCGAAAGGGAGAAGGGGUAGUGGCAGAGAGGUGGGGCGACAGGGAGCAGCUUUCUACGGCAACCGGAAGGUUCCGGAACUUGAGGCAGCCAUCUUGAGGGAAAGCCAGGAAGCAGGGGGGGAAAGAGACAACUUCUUCCCACUCUCAUUCUUGGCUGCCUCAAGAAUGGAUGUGGACGCUGAUGUCCCCCUGCCCAAAUUGUGCCGAAGCCAAACCCCCUACGAAUUACCGGGGCUUUGGGGAGGUUGAGGCUCCAAAAUUACUCCCUAAUGAGUCAUGUGGUCCAUUCGGGGUGGGAUGAGGACCUUCCCUUUCUGACACCUCCCACCCACGGUGCCUGGGCGCUCGGCACCAGCAUACCAAAUAUCGCCAAACCAAAAGUGGGAGCAGCAGCAGCGGACCCCCCCUCUCCCAAAUACCCACCUCCGUCCUCUGUCAUGAGGGGGGCAAUGGGGUGGGCAAGGGGGGACGCUUCACCCAAAGCCUCACAUUCCUUUCCCCUUUUCCAUAGCUCCUCUUGCUGCUUCCUACAGAGUGUCUUUUUUUUGAUAUAUAUAUAUUAUAUAUAUGACGUCUCUAUCCAAAUAUUUUUUAAGAUGAUACACAAAAGUUUGCUGAACUGCUUUCCAAAGAUGUAGAGCUUUAACCGUGUGUGAGGACAGAGCCUUAGCAUUUGACGUUUCUCAGAAGAGGGAGGACGGCGGCCUACGAGGCGUAGGGGGCCGCUGUUAGCCCUCUGGAAACAGCCGCAGCAGCUGGGACCUCCGGCCCGACUGCCGUGGGGCUCUUCAGUUGUAAGGGGGAAUGUAUUUAUUGACAGAACCAAAAUGUCCCACCCAGAUUCUGGCUGUGGGCGGACUCCCUCAGUCCCCUGAGGGAGGCCAUCCAAGAUUUGGUUGGAGGCUCAGUGACUUAGCUCUCCAAAUUACUCCCAAAACAGAAUUACCUCCAGAACCUCCUUAGAGCUAAAGAGCCUCGACCGUGAGGCCCACAUAGUGUGUCCACCUCAGGGGACCAGACACUAUGGUUACACCAGCGCCUUCCUCUUUUUCUUCUUUUCCUUCCUUUCCUGGCCUCUUUCUCUUUUCUCGGACACCAAAGCCGGCAUAUCAAGAUAGCUCCAUCCUCCUCAGGCGGCUUUAAAAAAAACAACGAACAGGGUUUUAACUCGAACCGGAAGCUCGGCCAUGAAGUUCACAGCCACAAAAGUCCAGCACAUCUCCCCUCUUCUCCUUUUUAUUGUUUGGAGUGGAUUAAGCUCAGCAAUCCUUUGGCUGCCAAAGAGAAAAGAAUCGCUACUCUUAAUAAGUACACAAACGCUACUCCUGCUCAGAGCAUACCGGUUGAAGUUAACGGGCAUAACCGGUUCAGAGCCAUUAAUUGUAAUGGGUUUACGCUGAGUAGGGCAGUCUCAGCCUAAGCGUUAAACAUUUAUGGGUAGAAACCUGGAAACUGCAUGUACAGAACUUGAUUGCCAACGAGUUGGUGGCUUGAUCGAUAACACUCAUCUAUCGACCAAUUGGUAUCGGGGUCUCUGAAAGCCAGCACACUCGACAUUGUGUCUCAGACCUUGGUAGCCUCCACUCGUAAACCACCGAAGCUUUCAUCUUGCCUUAAAGGUAAAGGGACCCCUGACCAUUAGGUCCAGUCGUGGCCAACUCUGGGGUUGCGACACGCAUCUCGCU